AUGGCCAGAACCAAGCAGACAGCGCGCAAAUCCAAAGGAGCGAAAGCUCCCCGCAAGCAGCUGGCGACCAAAGCGGCCCGCAAGAGCGCUCCGGCCACGGGCGGAGUGAAGAAGCCUCAUCGCUACAGGCCCGGCACGGUGGCUCUGCGGGAGAUCCGCCGCUACCAGAAAUCCACCGAGCUGCUGAUCCGCAAACUGCCGUUCCAGCGCCUGGUGCGGGAGAUCGCUCAGGACUUCAAGACCGACCUGCGCUUCCAGAGCUCGGCCGUGAUGGCCCUGCAGGAGGCCAGCGAGGCUUACCUGGUGGGGCUGUUUGAGGACACCAAACUGUGUGCCAUCCACGCCAAGCGAGUCACCAUCAUGCCCAAAGACAUCCAGCUGGCCCGGCGGGGAGCGUGCCCGGCCCUGCACAUUCACCCCGAGAAAGUCAACGGCUCUUUUCAGAGCCACGAAAGUAUCCAGACAGAGCAGUAAUCGAUAGGCACUCUGACGUCUCGUCAAAGUAAACCGACAGCAUGCUAUUGAUGUCGUGUCUC